AUGACAAAUUCUUAUAUGACUACGGUAGGAAGAAAGCGCGUACACGUAGAAAAUACAGUAUCCCGUAUUAAAUCUAAAAAGGCUCGUAUGGAUAUGGCUAAUACACCGGGUUUCGCUGAGGUUAAAUCCGCACAUAGUCGAAAAAUCGUAUGGUAUUAUGCUAAAAAUCUUCAUAAUUUUGAAAAUUAUAUUUCAUUUCUCGAUAAUUUAAAACCUGAGCUUGUCCGAUUAUUAAGGAGAAUUGUAGUUGUGAAUCCGAUAAAAUUUAAUUUAAAACUUGAAGCCACUUAUAACCAACCGCGUGUAGAUAACUCAACGCAAAAUAGGUCAUUCAAGACAUCGGCCCGAGAAAUUUUUAUCGAUUCUGAUAUAGUUUCAUUAAUAGAGCAGGCGUUCACUACGUUAUUGCACGAGGAGGAAAUUUAUGUUGCAAAGGGUAGUGGAUAUGUAUUAGAAUCCAUCGAUGGGCUUUUAUUAACAGUAUACAAAUAUACGCCUAUGGGGGGAACCCCUAACAUUGGCCUGCCCGUUAUCAAUUUUGAUAACGAACGCGAUGACGAUGAUGACCUGGCUCAUCUUAUAUUCGGCUCCCUCUUUCAAUCAAAAAUAAACGGGACGAUCAAUCCGCAAAAUAAUGAUCAGCAUUGUUUUAAAUGGUCCAUUCUGGCGAGGCACGUGACAGGUCCAAAUAAACAUCGUGUAGGCGAAAAUUAUUUCAGACAUGAAAACAAAUAUAAUUUUACAGGCUUAUCAUUCCCAACACCGUGGAGUGAGGUUAAAAUUUUUGAAAAAAAUAACCCGACAGUCUCUGUAAAUAUUUACGGAGUUAAAAAAAUAUCUCAGUCUUCGUCAAAAAAUCCGAAUCAUCACAUAUUUCCAUUAAAAGUAGUAGAUAAUGAAAAAGCCGAGCAUUUCGACAUCAUUUUAUUCACUGUCGGAGAAAAAAGUCACUACGUAUAUAUAUCUAAUUUUUCACGCUUAAUCCGCUCGCAAAUAACAUUACACGGUCAUUCAGUUUAUUUCUGCAAACGAUGUUUCACAUCGUUUGACAAACAAAAUUUAAAAUAUAAAUUAAGUGGGCAACUAGCACUUCAGCAGCAUAAAUUAAUUUGCGGAUCUCAUAAACCUAUUCUACCCAUAAUGCCCGAUGUUGACACAUUGCUAGAAUUCGAUAAUUGGCAACAUGCUCAACGACACCCAUUCACUAUUUACGCGGAUUUUGAAGCUCUACUGGUGAAAACUAAUGAGAAAAGGGGGGAACACACGACUGUAAUACAUAACCACAAACCUAUGAGUUAUGGGUUUUUAGUUAAAGCGUCCGAAGAAGUUCCACUAGAGCUUAUCCAGCAAUUCAAUAUACCAACCGCGCCAGUUGUUUAUCGCGGUAGUGAUAGUCGGGAGGAUGUUGCCAGGCAUUUUCUCGAAAAUAUAGUUGAUGUAGGUCGUAAAAUUGAAGAAUUGCUAAAGACGAAUGUCCCUAUAGUUAUGAAUGACCGAGAUACGCGAAAACACAAUGAAAAUAAAAAUUGUAACUUUUGUAAACGCAGUUUCGACACAAACGAGAAAGUCCGCGACCAUUGUCACCUUACUGGUAGAUUUAGACAAUCUUUAUGCUCUCGAUGUAAUUUAAAAUUAAAACAACCGAAAUUUGUCCCCUGUUUUUUCCACAAUUUAUCUAAUUAUGACGCCCACUUUAUUGUAACUGAAUUAGGCUAUGACGCUAAUAGUAUAAAAGUUAUUGCUAAUAGCGAAGAAAAAUUUAUCUCAUUUUCAAAAUAUAUCAGUAGGACGUUUACUAUACGAUUCGUAGACACGUGCAGGUUUAUGGCAUCAAAGUUGGAUACUCUAUCCAAAAACCUUUUAACUCGAGAUUUUUCGAAAUUCCGCGAGACAGCAAAAUUUUUUGAUGCCCGGGAUAUGCCACUAGUCACCCGUAAGGGUGUAUAUCCAUACGAGUAUACGGAUGGCUGGGAUAAGUUGGACGAGCCGAGUCUACCACCAAAAGAAGAAUUUUAUAGCACGCUCCAGGAGGAGGGUAUUAAGGAUGUACACUACGAACAUGCUAUGGAGGUAUGGAGGCACUUUGAAUGCACGCGGCGUUAUAUCCCAUGGUUUGGUCGGCGGCGGCUGCGCAUCGGUGUCAUCGGUAUAUUGAGGGGACGGUGAUGAAUAUUUGUUCGGAGCCAAAAUUAUGUGAUUGGACAUGGACGGCGAAUACGAUGACGAUGUCAUCGGCGACAAUGGCGAAAUGGGGUUAACGAUUAACUAAAAAUAAUAAAAAUUAAAUAACUAUUUAAUAGAGCUAGU